AUGGAGUUGGAGCACCCAACGACGACGUUUCACAACUCCGCUAUGACCUUCAAUGAAGUUUCCAUGGAACGCAGCAAGAGCUUCGUUAACUCCUUGCAGGAACUUAAGAACCUGAGGCCUCAACUUUAUUCUGCUGCAGAAUACUGUGAAAAAUCUUAUCUCCUUAGUGAACAGAAACAAAUGGUACUUGACAACCUAAAAGAUUACGCUGUGAGAGCCCUUGUGAAUGCUGUUGAUCAUCUUAGAACUGUUGCAUAUAAGUUAACCGACCUUCUCGAGCAGCACACGUUGGAUGUCUCAACUAUGGAUUUGAAGGUCUCUACAAUAAAUCAGAAACUUCUUACGUGCCAAGUUUAUACGGAUAAAGAAGGCCUUCGGCAGCAGCAAUUUUCUCAACCAAUUCAACAGUUUCCUCUGAGAGUUGGUCAGCAGUUACCAAUUCAACCACAAAUUAUGCAAAUGCCAAUUGCUCGGCCAAACAUGCAAACCCCGCAAUGCCACUUUCUUCAUCGUUUAUGUUUGCACCAUCCUCUUAUGGUCAAGCGCCACAAACUAAUUUUAAUUCUACUGGCCAACACCAACCUGUUCCCAAAAUCCAAGCUCCCACUGGUUCUUUGUCCCAGAACAUUACUCCUGGUACAACUCCUCAGAGCAACGGCGAGUAACCUACAGCUACAACUGUCAUACCUUCGGCUACAAACGUCCAACCACACCUUACCAACAUUGGCUCCUCUGAUUGGAUCGAGCAUGCGUCCUCUACUGGAAGAAUUUUUUCUACAAUAA